AUGACGGCGGAAACGAACAUGAAGGAGGCAAAAGGAAGGGCCUCCUCCUCAAGAUCCAAGAGCCAGCGUGAGAGCUCGCGACAGCAGACGGGGCAGGCAGUGCAAGAGAGGAAGGAGAGCGGAAGGCACAGCAAGGCUGUGAUGUUCUCCCUCUCUCCUCGCACGCUCGAUCAGACGGUCAAGGGAGCGCCUGCGGUGUUCAAAUGCGCGCAGGAAGUGGAUCUGGGGCGCUACGACCGAGGGAAGCUGGGCAUGUCGGUGCCGGGGGGUUGGGAUCAAGACCCCAAGCACAGGACGAGGACAGAGCUGCUGGAGGCCCGCAGGAAGUCCAAGAUCCCUGACCCGACGUUCGACCUGGAUGGCGAUGGCAUCGUGUCUCGUGAAGAGUACAUCCUCUCAGUCAAGUACGAUAAAGACCGUGACGGUAAACUGUGUACACCUGAACGAGAUGCGGCGCUACGGGCACUGAAAGACAAUCAUCCUCUCACCAAGUUCACGAGUACAAGACCCAAAACUGUUCCAGUGAAACCUGAUGGCGAGGUUUUUAUCUCCAUCUCCAUCUCCAUCUCCAUCUCCGUCCAUCUGUCCAUCUGCCCCCUCCACGUCUUUGCCUCUCCUCAUUUCCCCUGCUUUAUUCCUUCUUUUCUCACUGGGCAAAUGGAUGAGGCUGCGGGGCAGGGGCAGCCGGAGCGACCGAAGACGAGGACGGAGUUGAUGCAGAAGCGCAAGGAGGAGAAUCUGCAUCACAAUCAGAGAGGGUAUGAGCAAUACGAAGACGCCGUCUCAAAGCUCGUGCCUCUGUGGAAGAGCUCUGAGGAGUACAAGAAGUGUCAGGCUGAUGAUAUUUAUGGUGGUGGUGGUGAUGAUUUUGAUGAUGAUAUUCAUGUUGUUGCUGUUGGUGGUUGUGGAAGUGAUGAUGAUGGAGAUGUCAAUGAUGACGAUGGAGAUGGUGAUGAUGAUGAUGACGACGACGACGACGAUGACGAUGACGAUGACGAUGACGAUGACAUGAUGAUGAUGGAAAAGUACGAGGAGACUAAACCGCCGAAGAAGACUCGGUCGCAUGAGAUUGAAAAACUGAGACAAACUUCUAGGAUACUUUGCGAUCUCAAUGCCACCACCACGUGCCUUAAUCCUGAUCGCAAUGCUCUCGACCCCGUCGCGCACAUCUCAGGACAAGUGGAGUAUGAGGAUCCCGCAAGCUUCACCUUCAUGGGCUACAAGGAAGCGCCGAAGUUCAAGACGAGGAGCAGCCUGCAAGAGUUCCGCUCCAGCCGCCUGCUAAACGAGCUAGACAAGACGGUCAAGCAGACAGCGAAGAACUUCAAAAGCAUGAGGAAGAGGUUGGAGGACCGGGAGGACGCGCUCUUCCUCAAGGCACAGAUCGCCCUCGCGGACCCGAACAAUCGAGUUCGAUCAGACCUCAAGCUCAACGCAAAGGAGAGCAACAUGAGGCAACUCAUGGGGUAA